AUGGGCAGCGACCGAGUUUUUGCUCGUGAUGCUAUCACGCCGGCCACUGCAUCGCAGCCGUUUGAUUCUAGUCCUGGAAAGCCGGAGAUUAAUCCUAUUCUGCUCCAAAAGUCUGAUGAAUUAAUCAAGGCGGAAAUCCAGCUGCAAAGACAGCGGCUCGAGCGUGCGUUGAGAGAUGAUCUCGAUCAGCAGCGUGCGGCUACGAAAAACGCCCAUGCUGAGCCCUUGGCCGACUUCGACCUUAAGGAGGUCCUGACGAAGUCCUUGGAACUCGUGCAGAAGAAAACUGCUGCUCCAGUCACUGAUUCAAAUCUAGCUGCUAAUGCCAGCGGUGCCGACAGCGAUUCGUUCGAUGAUAAUACCUUCUAUUCGAGCCGUCACGAUACUCCCGAGUCGGUUCAAGUGUCCCGUAUCCCAGAAGAGCCUGAGGAUGUGGAGAUGCAAGACGACUCGCAGUAUGAACCUGAGUUGGACAUCGACACAAUUCCUACUCCAGGAGAUGCGCACGCAGCUGUAGUACCUAUCCCACCCCCUCCUGGCUUCGAUGCGCAAGCUGCUGCCCAUCAAUACCUGCCCACUGCAGUCGCAUCUCAACAGUACACUUCAACCAAUAUCCAUCUAUCUCUGGGCCCGCCAGCGCCGCAUGCGGCGAAGCAAGCCGAUACGGAGAGUUCAGGCAGCUCGACAGUGCGCAGAAUUCAGUCCAACGGCGCCUUGAGACUGUCAAUCGUCAGCUGUUAG